GAUGCGGUGUUCGAUUGGCAUGACCCUCGUCACAGUCAUUCUCUUCAACGAAGUGGUCGAAUCGUUCCUCGGGUGUUCGCCUACCAUCUACUACGAGCUCACCCAAAAAUGGUCCUCGUUUCCGGCCCGUGUCGCCACCCUCUUGGAAGGCAUGCAUGUCGCCAUGACGUUGCGCACGCCUCCUGCGGCAUCAUCCCCAUCGCGCGACUCGAUUUCAUUCAAAAAAGACCCCAAGGUCGUGGCCAUCUCCCCCCUCUUCCGUCCUCCAGGCAGCGGCCCCGUCGUCAACGACGCGAUCGAGUGCGCCACUGCCGACACCUAGUUGGCGAUAUAGCACCGUCGAGAAUCGAAUCCCCAUUUCUCCACGAAAGUCCAAGUCCAAGCAGUGUCUGUGACAAGCAUGCAUGCCCCAACUGCCAUGUCCCGUUUUACUUCGUGCUUUUCGGUCGCAACGGUGCGAUGGGAGCAGUCGAGCCCCCGUUAGACGGCAUUGACUUACGGGGUGCGGCCGUUGGGCCGA